GGCAUGGCGCGCUUCCCCAGGGCCGACCUGGCGGCUGCAGGAGUUGUGUUACUUUGCCACUUUUUAAUGGAGCGAUUUCAGUUCGUGGAAGGGGAGACUGGAAACCAAAUCAAAGAUUGGAGAUAUGAAGUUGCUCAACCCUUCCCUCCAACAGAAGAUGAGGUGGAAGUGUACUCACACGCCUACAGCCACAGGUGGAGAAGAAACCUUGACUCUCUCAAGGCGGUAGACACAAACAGAGCGAGCUUGGGUCAAGAUUCUACAGAGCCCAGAAGCUUCACAGACCUUCUGCUGGAUGAUGGGCAGGAUGACAACAGCACGGAGAUUGAGGAGGACACAGAUCAUAAUUACUACAUAUCUCGGAUAUAUGGGCCAUCUGAUUCUGCCAGCCGGGAUUUAUGGGUGAACAUAGACCAAAUGGAAAAAGACAAAGUGAAAAUUCAUGGAAUAUUGUCUAAUACUCAUCGGCAAGCUGCGAGAGUGAAUCUGUCCUUCGAUUUUCCAUUUUAUGGCCAUUCCCUACGUGAAAUCACUGUGGCAACUGGGGGUUUUAUAUACACUGGAGAAGUUGUCCAUCGAAUGCUAACAGCCACACAGUACAUAGCACCAUUAAUGGCAAAUUUUGAUCCCAGUGUGUCCAGAAAUUCAACAGUCAGAUAUUUUGACAAUGGAACAGCCCUUGUUGUACAGUGGGACCAUGUUCACCUCCAGGAUAAUUACAACCUGGGCAGCUUCACCUUCCAGGCAACCCUCCUCACUGAUGGACGCAUCAUCUUUGGAUACAAAGAAAUUCCGGUUUUGGUCACACAGAUAAGUUCCACCAAUCAUCCAGUGAAAGUGGGGCUGUCUGAUGCGUUUGUCGUGGUCCACAGGAUCCAGCAAAUCCCCAAUGUUCGAAGAAGAACAAUUUAUGAAUAUCAUCGAGUAGAGCUACAAAUGUCCAAAAUUACCAACAUUUCAGCUGUGGAGAUGACUCCAUUACCUACAUGUCUCCAGUUCAAUGAAUGUGGCCCCUGUGUAUCCUCUCAGAUUGGCUUCAACUGCAGCUGGUGUAGUAAGCUCCAAAGAUGUUCCAGUGGAUUUGAUCGCCAUCGGCAGGACUGGGUGGACAGUGGAUGCCCUGAAGAGUCAAAAGAGAAGAUGUGUGAGGACUCAGAGCCAGUGGAAAAUUCCGAAACCACCACGACUUUCCGAGCCACCACCACACAGUUCAAAGUCUUAACCACCACCAGGAGAGCAGCAACGUCACAGCUGCCCACCAGCCUGCCCACUGAAGAUGACACCAAGAUUGCACUGCAUCUCAAAGAUAAUGGAGCUUCCACAGAUGACAGCGCAGCUGAGAAGAAAGGGGGUUCCCUUCAUGCCGGCCUCAUCGUUGGAAUUCUCAUCCUGGUCCUCAUUAUAGCUGCAGCUGUUCUUGUGACAGUCUAUAUGUAUCACCAUCCAACUUCAGCAGCCAGUAUCUUCUUUAUUGAGAGACGCCCAAGCAGAUGGCCUGCAAUGAAAUUUCGAAGAGGUUCUGGACAUCCUGCAUAUGCUGAAGUUGAACCAGUUGGAGAGAAAGAAGGUUUUAUUGUAUCAGAGCAGUGCUAAAAUUUCUAAGACAGCAGCACCAGUACUGGCCUACAGGUGUUAAGACUAAAAUGUUGCCUAUACCUUUAAGACAAACAAGCAAACUCACAUAUACAAAGGAGUCCUAAGCUGCUAUAUGUAGCUGGAAGGAGACAAGAUUUCUGGACAAGUCCAGCCCAGGAAGGGUAAAAAGAAAAAAAAAAUCAAAUUUAUACAAGACACAAUACCACCACUGAACAUAGAAUUUCUUAGUGGGAUGACUCUAUAGUUCACCCAGAACAUCUCUUGUGGACUGAUCUGAAGUGUGACCACGAUUACAAUGCUAUUGGCUUAGAUGCAGGGUUGCAUAGGGAUGGAAAAAAUAAUAGUCACAAUAAAGCUUUCGUUCUCGAGGGAUCUACAACUUCAAUUCCAACGUUCUUCUCUAAUGUCUCAAAGAUAACCGUGUUCCAAAGCUUUAACCCUUUCACUCAAAAGAGUAAUGUUUCAAGAUUUGCUGAGAAAAGCAGUUCAUUGUAAGAGCCAAUUCAAACCCAAAAUAGAUGGUCU